UCACAACCAGAUUCUAUUAAAACCAAAACAGAUUCUAUUAAAACCAAAACUUUCAAAUGAAGUCCCACAAACAUCUCUCAGAAUUCAACUCUUGUAAUCAUAGCAAAACUCUCGCUCUUCUCUUCCUCUCUCUCUCUUCAUUCCAUGUCUGAAACUAUAUCAGCAGCAGAUCCCAUACACAAGCCAUUACUCACCUCAGCAACAAUGGGUUUGGAAGAAUUUCAAGACCCACCAAAGAAAACUUACUGGAGAUGGAGCAAGCAAGAUUUCUUCCCGGAACCCUCUUUCGAAAACCUCGUCACCUACAGAAAUGCUCUAUCUCACACCUUUCCUCGCCUCAAGGAUCGUCUCCUCUCUCGCUCUACCGACACCAAUGAACUCGUCACUCUCCAGAAAGAGAGCGAAAACCCCAUGCGCAAAUGCCUCAAUUGGUGGGACCUCAUGUGGCUUAGCUUCGGUUCGGUUGUUGGGUCUGGCAUCUUCGUUAUCACCGGCCAAGAAGCUCGUGAUGAUGCUGGUCCUGCUGUAGUUCUUUCUUAUGCUGUCUCUGGUAUCUCUGCAUUGCUUUCGGUCUUCUGUUACGCUGAGUUUGCUGUUGAGAUUCCUGUCGCAGGUGGGUCUUUCUCCUAUCUUCGGAUUGAAUUGGGUGACUUGAUUGCUUUUCUUGCUGCUGGGAAUAUUCUUUUGGAGGCUGUUAUUGGUGCAGCUGGGCUUGGACGUUCUUGGUCCUCAUAUUUUGCCAGCAUGAUCAAUACUAACAAUCCUGAUUUCUUGAGAAUCAGAGUUAAAUCUCUCCCAGAUGGAUUUGAUCUUUUGGAUCCAAUAGCUGUUGUUGUCCUUUUGAUGGCUAAUACCGUAGCAAUGACUGGAACAAAGAGGACUUCUAUUUUGAAUUGGAUUAGUUCUAUUCUCAGUGCUACUAUAAUUGUGUUUAUUAUUGUUGUUGGGUUUAUUCAUGGCAAGAGCUCGAAUUUGGUGCCAUUUUUUCCAUAUGGACCAAAGGGUGUCUUUAAAGCUGCAGCUGUUGUAUACUGGUCUUAUACUGGGUUUGAUAUGGUUGCUACUAUGGCUGAAGAGGCAGAGAAGCCAUCAAGGGAUAUACCAAUUGGGUUGGUUGGUUCAAUGUCUAUGAUCACUGUGGUUUAUUGCUUGAUGGCUUUGGCACUGACCAUGAUGGUGAAAUAUACUGAAAUUGAUCCAGAUGCUGCAUAUUCUGUUGCUUUUUCUCAAAUUGGCAUGAAUUGGGCUAAGUAUUUGGUGAGCAUAUGUGCCCUCAAGGGAAUGACUACAAGUUUGCUGGCUGGAUCUAUUGGACAGGGAAGAUACACCACUCAGAUUGCAAGGUCUCAUAUGAUUCCUCCUUGGUUUGCUCUAGUUCAUCCAAAAACUGGAACACCCAUUAAUGCUACUCUUUUGGUAACUAUACUUAGUGCUAUUGUAGCAUUUUUCACUAGUUUGGACGUUUUGUCAAGUGUCUUUUCCUUGUGUACACUCCUUAUUUUCAUGCUUAUGGCUGUUGCAUUGCUUGUGAGGCGAUAUCAUGUGAAAGAUGUUACUUCAAAGAGUCAUUUGGUUAAAUUUCUUAUGUCUUUAUUCAUCAUUAUUGGUUCUUCAAUUGGAGUAACUGCUAUCUGGAGUUCAAAUGGGAGAGGAUGGAUAGGAUAUGUGGUGACUUUUGUUCUUUGGUUUUUGGGGACCUUGGGGAUGGCGUUGCUAGAAAAGCAACGUGUUCCAAAGGUUUGGGGAGUUCCUCUGGUUCCGUGGUUGCCUUCAUUAUCAAUAGCCAUGAAUUUGUUUCUAAUUGGAUCUUUGGAUUAUAAAGCAUUCCUGAGGUUCAUAAUUUGCUGUGCGGCAAUGAUUUUCUACUAUUUGUUUGUUGGUGUUCAUGCAACUUAUGAUGUAGCUCACAAGAACCAGGAAUCAAGUUUGGGAAAUGCUGCAGGAGUUAUCUAAUGCGGAUGGUGACGUUCAGGGGUGCACAUGGUUAAAAGAAGAACACAUGCUGUUUCAAGAUUCAUUAGGAGUCCAGAGACUUGUCAAAUUGCAGUAGUUUGAACUGUAAGUUCUUUUGAAUAUCUUUCAUUAUAAUGACAAGACAGUUCAGAUAAGAUUGCUAAUCAAAUAGGAUAAAAUGAAAUGGAUUUGAUUCAUCUUUCAUUUAGUGAUGAGAAAAAUCAAGGGUAAUUUAGUGAUGAGAAAAAUCAAGGGUAAACUAAGGGCGCACGAGCGAUGGAAAAUCCAUAUCUAGUGAGGAAAAUAUUUGAAUAUCUUUCUUGUUCACAUAACUAUGUGAAGUGUUGGAGGCCAUAAUUCUUCCAAAAUACUGUUUGAUGAAAGCAUUUGCUAGUACUAUAAUUUUAUGGCUAUGGGUAGCAGAAAGUGUUAAUCUGUUAUGGAGCCAGCUACUUCAGAUCAGUAAGGGACUGCAGAUCAGCAAGGGAUUAUUCAGGUUGCACAAGCUCAAAGCAUACUAUUUCA